AUGGAUGCUACCGAUUCUAGCACCUCCUUGUCUUUUGAAGUCGCAGCAUUCAAUGCGUCCAUCAUCGUUGGACCGGUGGUGUUGGGCACACUUGUUGACACCUGCCUCUUUGGCUGUCUCGUCGUCCAGACUUAUGUGUAUUGUGCAAAUUUUGCCAACGACCAUCGAGCGAUUAAGUUCACGGUCAGUAGCACUGUAGCAGCAGUCUUCGCAACACAAAUUGCACAUGUAAUGUGUGUAUCGGCGACAUUGUGGAACACUGCUGUCAGCGCAUACGACGACCCUUCGAAACUUCAGAUACCCUUUCAGCUUUGUCGUCCAUGCAUACUAGGUGUUAUAAUUAUCAAUCAAUUCAUUAUCACGACUCGCGAUGCCAAGCGAACACAAUCUCAGAAUGGCUGUUCCAUGGGAUUGAAAGCAUCCAUGAUUCCGAGG